CUGGUUGUAAACUGCUUGGGAGUGCUGACAGCCAGUCGACUUCAAAACAGCCAGGAGAAACUUUCUUGCUAACUUUGGGAAGGAAUUCAAAAAUGCUGAAAGGUGCAGAUGAUGUUGUUAUGGAGCAGGAGGACUCCGCUUCCCGCCAUGGAGAAAUAACAAGUUGGGAUAUCAAUGACAUCAAACUUCCUCAGGACGUAAGACAGAUAGACUGGUUUCAAGAAUGGCCAGAUUCCUACGUAAAACAUAUCUAUAGCUCAGAGGAUAAAAAUGCUCAGAGGCACCACAGCAGCUGGGCAAUGAGAAACACCAACAACCACAACUCUCGCAUCUUAAAAAAGUCCUGCCUCGGGGUGGUGGUCUGCGGCAACGACUGCUCAACCUUGGAUGGGAGGAAGAUCUACCUAAGACCAGCCAUAUGUGAUAAAGCUAGGCAAAAACAACAGCGGAAAUGCUGUCCAAACUGCAAUGGACCCCUGCGGCUCCUUUCCUGCCGAGGCCAUGGUGGUUACCCAGUUACCAACUUCUGGAGGCAUGAAGGCCAAUUCAUAUUUUUUCAGUCCAAAGGAGCUCAUGACCAUCCACGUCCAGAAACAAAACUAGAAGCAGAAGCAAGAAGAUCAAUCCAAAAAGCACAGACAGCUUUUUCUCCAUCUUCUCCAAGAUCAAAAAGAACACGGGAGAUUGAGUCUCUGACAGGUGCAAUGCCGACGCGGGAGGCUUUGCCUUUGCUUCUUUCCAAGCCGGACGCUUACAUGCUACCUGCUAAUUUCAGGGGACAUUUAAGCAAAAGUUCCCGGGAGCCAACACUGGGCAGCUGCCCUGGGCAGCCGCCAUACCCAAGGGCAGCUGGGGAGGACGGGGGCUCCGGAGAGGCACUGACCUGGAGCAGGAGCCCGGCCCUUGGGAGGACCCCCAGCGCCGGGAGGCCUUGCAGCGGCCCUGCUGUCCCCACGGCCAACCUGCCCUGCGCAGCCCCUUCCCCCCAGCACCGCAGCACCCAGCACGUCCUGCCAGUGACAAAGGGCGGCCAUGACCCCUUCAGGCCUAAAGCUUGCCUUUUGGGGGAUGAGUCCUGCGAGGAGAAAUCCCCACAGGCCUACAGCAGCAGCUGCCUCCCUCCACCGCCCUACCCUGCGCCUCAGGAAGGCCCCUGCCCCACGGCAAGCGGGGCACACCACCACCACCAGCUCUCGGCGCCUCUGAGGGGGAGCGAAGGAGACGGGGGCGAGGGAGGGCGACGUAUGGGUCUCAACUACUGCAACAACGACAUGUUUUUUAACCUGUACCCAUUACGGUGA